AUGUAUAUAGAUAAUUUGAGGAUAAAAAAAACAUACCAAGGAAGACAGAACACUCAAAAUGAUAAGAGCUGGUAUGAUGAUCCUGAUGAAAAUAUAUCAAAACAAUUUCCAAGUUUAAAUCAUAGAUAUAACAGAUAUUAUUCUCCAAAAUCAUCAUCAUAUAUGGGAAAUAGUGCACCAAUGUAUUAUAAUCUGGAUGAAGGUUUUAGUCAUCCACCACAAUAUCAAAAAUCAUACUAUAGAUUUUAUUCUUCAAGAUCAUCAUCAUCAUAUAUGAGAAUGCAUUAUAAUACACAUGAAGGUUUUAGACAUCCACCACCACCUUCUUCACCUUCUGAAUUAAUACCUAGACAACCAUAUGGUAGCUUUAGGAGACAGUAUAAUAGAAGAUCAAGUGGAUAUUAUAGACCACCACAUAUUAAUAGAAACUCUGGAUAUCAUGGACCAACUACUAAUAAUAAUUGA